AUGGAAGUGUCAUUACUCUCGGCCUUGAAGCAUAUACUGCCCUCCUACAUGAUCCCNACACGUAUCUGCGUACUGGAGAACAUGCCUCUCAACGCCAAUGGAAAAGUAGAUCGACAAGCUUUAGCGAAGGUCGUGAUACAGCCAGCUACAAAAACAUCAGCCCGUGUCAUCGUUCCACCGCGAACCGCCAUAGAGCAGGCUGUGUGUGAAGAAUUCACAGAAGUGUUAGGACUUGAGGUUGGUAUCAUGGACGAUUUCUUUGAGCUGGUAAGCGAUGUUUUCGCGUACCCGGUUGUGGCUGAGCUGGUUGAAAAAAUCCGCUGUCUCGGGACUAAUAAAUAUUCGCCCAUUCCCCGGUUACAGACGGACAGUCCGGUUGAGCAAUCGUUUGCACAGUCUCUUCUCUGGAAAGUUCACCAAUCGCAUCCUACAUCGACAAUGUUUCUCUUAAAGCUAGCUGUUCGCCUACGAGGACCAUUACGCCUAGAUGCACUCAGUAGCGCCUUACAGACAUUAGAAAAACGGCAUGACACACUACGCACUACAUUCGAACAGCGCGACCAGCUGGAUGUGCAAAUAGUGCAUCCUUUUGUCAGCAAACCACUUCGGAUCGUCGAUAUUGCUGGUCGCGAUCCCAGCGAGUUUACGCGAUCUCUACGUCAGGAACAGGAGACACCCUUUGACCUGGAGAUUGAGCCGGGAUGGCGGACGAAAAUCUUUCAUUUAGGCGAAGAAGAUCACGUACUUUCUAUCAUAGUGCACCAUAUGAUCUAUGAUGGGUGGUCAAUCAACAUCAUUCACCGUGAGCUGGCCACAUUUUACACUGCCGCAGUCCGGAACCAGAAUCUCCUUGCACAGGUACGCCCCUUGACGAUUCAAUACCGGGACUUUGCAGUGUGGCAGAAACAGAAAGCACAGACAGCUGAGCAUCAGCGCCAGCUGGAGUACUGGAAGAAACAGCUGAACGAUGGCCGGCCUGCCGAGCUACCCUACGAUAAGCCUCGUCCGACAGUGAGGUCUGGGACAAUUGAUGUACUCCCAGUUGACAUUCCAAAUGAUUUAUUUCACGAGCUCAAACAGUUUUGCAAGUUGUAUCAGGCAACAUCGUACAAUGUGCUCCUCUCCGCUUUCCGAGCCACGCAUUACCGCCUGACUGGUGUCAAUGAUGCAAUAAUAGGCAUGCUGGUAGCGAAUCGUAACCGUCAAGAGCUAGAAGACAUCGUUGGAUUUUUCACGAAUGCGCUGGGCAUUCGCAUACAUAUUAAGGAUGUUUCCUUCGAAUGCCUAGUCCAACAGGUUCAGCAGACAACUGCUGCAGCAGCUGAGAACCAGGAUGUGCCAAUCCAAACAAUCUUGGCAGAGAUUCUUCCUGAAGCGCGUGAUAUCGCCUCCCACAAUCCACUACUGCGGAUUAUUAUGGGCCUUACCCCACUGAAAAAUCUUGGUCAACUGCAACUCGACGGACUAGAUACUGAACCAGUGGUGUUGCCGUCGGACGGUAAAUCAAGAUCACCCAUCGAUGUCCAGUUCCAUUUCUUCGAGGACAAAGAUAUGAUUUCCGGAAACGUUGCCUUCUCUGAUGAAUUAUACAGCAAAGCUUCUAUGCAGUCAACAAUAUCUCUGUUUUUCGAGGUUCUACGACAUGGACUGAGAGAGCCUACCGUAUCAAUAGCAAACAUAGGACCAGUCAAUUGA